AUGUGGAAUUUACGUGGUCCUCAUACGAUUGCACCCGACCUUGAUAAAGAUUACAGUGAGUUGUUUAAUCUUUUGUUUGGUGUUUCUUGGUUUGUAUAUUCAAAGCUCACCGAUUUUUCUUUUUCAGAUGGUCACGACAAUUUCUUCACUUUAAAGAUACAUCAUGGUGGAUUUUUUACAAAGUUCCCUGGAAGAAAGUACAUCGAGGGAAGGUUGUCAUUCUUUGACUUUGUUGACACUGAUCUUUUUUCAGUUCAUGAUCUAAAUGACAUGAUUCGUGAAAUAGGGUAUUCUAAGGAUGACACAAUGUACUAUCAUUAUAGAAUUCCUAAUUUAGACUUAGAUUUUAGAUUGAAGGCUCUAGGAAAUGAUCAAGACGUUAUAUCUAUGGCUCAAUAUGUCCCUCAAAAUGGAGUGAUUAAUGUGUAUGUUGAACAUGGUUCUACAAGACUUCACACUUACUUCAUGUCCCCAAGUAAAGCUGUUAUUGAGCAACUGGAUGGUGAUCCUUCUCCUGAACUUAAUAGGAUUAGGCCCAAUAAGAAAGAAAUUGGUUCUUGUAGCAAGAAAUUAGACAUGAAUGUCUCACUUAAAGAAUCACCUAAUCAAGAACAGAAAGAAGAUGGUGUGUAUGAUUUUUCCAUGUCCCUUGUUCCUUUUGAGCCAACCAAACAAGAUGUGGUUAAUGAGUCUAAGGAUGAUUCGUAUUUCCCUAUACCAAAAGAAACUGAUAUAAUGCAAGAAAUUACAGUUGAUAUUAAUUGCCAAAAUCAUGGGGAAAUACUCGAUGAUUUUGAGCCUUUUAGUAGUGAUGGAUAUCAGAAUAUGGGUAAGUUUAAAAGAGAGGUUGAAGUUGAAGAAGAAUAG